AUGGAUUUCUUGAGUUGCAUUCUAAUGUGUCUUAUGGUUGCCUGGGUCUCAAUACAUGCCCUCUAUUAUUCAUUUGCAAGAAGUCCCAAAAAGCUUCCACCUGGACGAAAGCCACUUCCUUUCAUUGGAAAUCUUCUAGAGCUUGGAAACAAACCCCACCUCUACCUAACCAAGCUUUCACAACGCUAUGGCCCCAUUAUGACUUUACAUCUUGGCCAAAUCACAACUGUUGUAGUUUCUUCAUCCGCCAUAGCUAAACAAGUCCUGCAAACCCAUGACCAAUUGUUUUGCAACCGAACAGUAUUAGAUUCAGUCCAAGCCUGUAAACAUGGCGAGAACGGCAUGCCCUGGAUACCUGUUUCAGCUAAGUGGAGAAACCUUCGCAAAAUAUGCAACUCCCAAUUGUUCGCCACCAAAGUUCUCGACGCCAGCCAAGCCAACCGUCACCUAAAAGUGCAAGAGCUCAUAGCUGAUGUCCAUGAAAGCGUUGUAAAAGGUGAUGCAGUGGAGAUUGGAAGUGCUGCUUUCAAAACUACGCUCAAUUUGAUGUCGCGGACUGUCUUCUCUGUGGAUUUAGCGGACCAGAAUAGUGAGAGGGCUAGAGAGUUCAAGGAGCUGGUGCGGAGUAUUAUGGAAGAGAUUUCGAAACCAAACUGGGCUGACUAUUUUCCAGUGCUUAAAAAGAUUGACCCCGUGGGGAUACGGCGCCGUUUGACUCGUCACUUUCUGAAGAUGUUUGAACUCUUCGAUCGCUUGAUCAUCCAAAGAAUGGAAUCAAGAAAAGCACCUGACUAUAUCAUGACCAGUGAUAUGUUAGAUACCAUUACAAACAGUAGUGAAGAGAAAAAUGUUGGUUGA